UAGUCAUGGCCUUGAACGCCUGCGCUGCAUCGUGUUUCAGGAUCCAGCACGACCAGAGCAGCGCAGAGCAGAGAGGCCAAGAGGCAAAGACCCUAACCGGCUAAGGGUCCAGGCACUCUUGACAUUAUAAGCUCCCUUCCCUCCCUCUCUCUCUCCCUCAGCAACAAGCUACACAAGCCUACUCUCCAUAACACAUCAAGAGAGAUGCCAGAUAUCAAACGCUUUGUGCCUACACUCCCAGGCUAUGCAGUCAGUAGCGGCGCAGACACACCCGUCACGCCUAUGGAUCACAAACUCAGUCGCAAAGCCAGUAUCGGCUACAACCCAAUUGAAUUCAAAGGCAAGCUCUCUCAGCGCGACCUCGUCAUUGGCGCCCUCAAAAAGCAGGAUUGGAUUCCAAAGGACAAAGUAAAGGAUGAAGUGACAUGGUUCUACACCAAACUCGGCAUUGAUGACUUGUACUUCAGCGAAGAGUCAGUCGACACCAUUGCAGCACACAUCCUCGCAAUCUAUGGCGCUAAGUGCAAUUCAGCAGCUGAAGGCGGAGAAGCGCUGCAAGUCAGGCUAGUGCAGGAAUCACCAGACCAUGCCGUCUACAUCGAUACAAGCUACCCGGGCAUAACAGACACAGAGGGACCCAAGUAUGAAGCGCGACUAGAGGACACCUACCUAAACCAGCGCAAGGACAACAAGGUCUUCCGUCUCGAAACAUUCCGCUCGAAAAUGGCAGGUGUGGGUCUUGAUGGCCAGGAAUUGCGCAGCUACUUUGUCAACCAGUGCAAUUUCGUCAAGGAAGAUCCUUCUCCUGAAGAGUAUGAAGACCUCGACGUCGUCUCUGACAAGACAUUCUUGGAAAAAGCCACAGCCAAUACCCGUCAGAUCUAUCAAAAGAUGAUCAAGGAUGCCCUCUCACGCACGGGACCUGUGGUAGACUUGUAUGAAGUGGAAGGCACACAAGAACGACGCAUGGUGAUAGGCUUGCGUCGCGGUAGCGGUGAAUACUUCUUUUCCACCAUGUCGGAUCUCUAUCACUACCACGGAUUGACAUCUACCCGCAAAUUUGUUGAGCAAUUCAGCAAUGGUCUAUCGGUCACGUCCAUCUACCUCCAACCGGCACCGGGAAACGAGAACAUGGAUGUUGAUGUUGCCAUGGACUCAAUGCGUCGCGAAACCUCCUUGUUGUUCUGCAUCCCAAACAACUUGUACCACGACCACUUCAUCUCUCAAAAAUUGUCUCUCCAAGAGUCGACGUAUGCUCAUUGCGUUAGUAUUUUUACCAUGCACUUCCUCAACAGGCUCGGCAGCGAAUACACAACGCUACGUCAACAACUCGACCCAAACAACAGCAUCCACCAGCAACUCCUUGCAAAACUCAAACGAAGGCUGCGUGGCGAGACAUAUACAAGCAAUGACAUUCAACGUGUCAUUCACCGGUUCCCUGCACUUGUUCGCAUCUUGUACCGCAGUUUCUUUGAGGUCCACCGCAUCAAGCCACGCAGUGCAUCUGCCAGCAACUCGACAUCACGCUGCGCGACACCACAGGGCCCAAAAUUGACAUCACCUUCUACGGUCGCCCUCAACAAGAUGCCAUCCAUGUCGUAUGACCAGCUCGACGAGUAUGUCCGUGGUGCCGUCUCCAACGAACACGAACAACUCAUCAUGUCUGCUUUUGUCGUCUUCAACCAGCACUGCCUCAAAACCAACUACUUCCAGCCCACGAAAUCUGCCUUGUCCUUUAGGUUCUCACCAGCAUUCUUGCCAGAGGAGGAGUACCCGCAACCCUUGUAUGGCAUGUUUUUGGUGGUGGGCGCUGAAUUUAGAGGCUUCCACUUGCGUUUCCGAGAUGUCGCUCGUGGUGGUAUUCGCAUUGUCAAGUCGCGUUCGCCUGAACAAUUUGUCAUCAACAGUCGUUCGUUAUUUGAUGAGAAUUACGCACUAGCGUCGACGCAGCAGCGUAAAAACAAGGAUAUCCCUGAAGGUGGUGCCAAGGGUGUCAUCCUGCUCGAUGCCGAUGCGCAAGACAAGGGUGAAGUGGCAUUCCACAAGUACAUUGACUCCCUCAUUGACUUGCUCAUUGAAGGCACGUCUCCCAACAUCAAGGAGAAGCUGGUUGAUUUGCACGGCAAGCCAGAGAUCCUCUUUUGUGGACCUGAUGAGAAUACUGCUGGUUUGGUGGACUGGGCGUGUUUGCAUGCAAAGUCACGCGGCGCACCCUGGUGGAAAUCUUUCUUCACUGGCAAGUCGAAACGUCUCGGUGGUAUUCCACAUGAUGCAUAUGGCAUGACAUCGUUGUCUGUUCGCGAAUACGUCAAGGGCACCUAUGCAAAACUCGGACUCACGGAUCAAUCACAAAUCACCAAGAUUCAGACGGGUGGACCGGAUGGCGACCUUGGCUCCAAUGAAAUUCUACUCUCUGGUGAAAAGUACAUUGCCAUCAUUGACGGCUCUGGCGUCUUGUGCGACCCACAGGGCUUGCAACGUUCAGAACUGCUGCGUCUUGCGAAAGAGCGCAAGAUGAUUUCAGACUUUGAUACAUCCCUGCUCUCUGCAGAGGGCUAUCGCGUCUUGGUGGAUGAAAACAGCAAAACACUACCAUCUGGUGAGGUUGUCACGAAUGGUACCACAUUCCGCAAUACCGCACAUCUGCGCAACUUUGGCUGUGGCAAGGAUGGCAAAUCAGCAGACGCGUUUGUGCCGUGUGGUGGACGUCCUGAAGCCAUCAACAUCUCCAAUGUCAAUGCCCUUAUUGAUGAACAAGGCAAUGCAAGACUACCCAUCAUCAUUGAAGGUGCCAACUUGUUUGUUACGCAAGAUGCACGUCUUGCACUUGAAAAGGCUGGCGCUAUUGUCUUCAAGGAUGCCUCGACCAAUAAAGGUGGCGUCACGUCUUCAUCGCUAGAGGUUCUUGCUGCGCUGUCGUUUUCAGAUGAAGAAUUCAAGGAGCACAUGUGUGUGCAUGAUGGCCAAGAACCUGCCUUCUACCAGCAAUACGUGGCGAGCGUCCAGCAAAUCAUUUGCAACAAUGCCUCUAUGGAAUUUGAAGCAAUGUGGCGCGAAAACAAGCUCACGGGUACACCCAUGUCUGUGUUGUCGGAUACCUUGUCCAAGGCUAUUGUCACGCUGCAGGAAGAGCUAUCCAAUUCGUCACUCUGGGAUAAAGUCGAGCUGCGCAACCGCAUCUUGCGUGAAGCUUUCCCCAAGUUGCUGGUUGACAAGUUGUCGUUGGAGACGUUGUUGCAGCGUGUGCCGGAUGCCUACAUUCGUGCCAUCUUUGGCAGCUACUUGGCUUCUCGCUUCGUUUAUCGAUUCGGAAUUGCUCCGUCGCAGUUCAAGAUGUACGAGUUCAUCUCAGAAUGGGAGCAGAUCGAGUACUAGAGGUGGUGUGAGUGGUCGUAUUGAUGCUCUUCAUACUUGCAGUGUUUCAUGAUCCAGUCUAUAUGUGCAGUGCCAAGCCUUGGCUUCUGGGCCUUUCGUGUCCUUUACUCGGUCAGCCAAGACACAACUCGACCUCGAUCUCCAGGCGACAUGCAUAAGCUUAUUUGUCUAUAGGUCCAUGAACUUUGCGAGCUCGCAUGAACAUGUAUACGCUUAUUUGUCAGGUCCAUGAACUUUGCGAGCUCGCAUGAACAUGCAUGCGCUUAUUUGUCUGUAGGUAUAUGAACUAUGCGAGCUCA